UCUGUGGACCAGUUUGUUGAUUAAAGGUGUUAAUUGCUUUAAAUAGGAUGAUGAAUUCAGAGGAAGAAGCGGGUAGUGUGUUGAACUACUAUUAAUUCAGAACUGAAAAUGCCAGCAGUUGAAAGUGAGGCAAAGGCAAAAACCAAAGUUCGCUUUGAGGAAAUUUUCAGAAGCCAUGCUGGCCUAACGGAGAAAAAGAAAUCAAAGAAAAAGAAGUUUAACUCUCAAGAGGACAUUGUGCUUGACACCUUUAGAAGUAAUGUUGAUCUAGCUGAAGGAAGUGGGAAUGAUGAAGUAAUUAUAAACAACACAUAUAAUCCCGAAGRAAAGAGUUCCCGAUUUACAAAAAAUAGACUGAGAGAGAAAGCCUCAGUUGCAGAGAAAAUAAACAAUGAUGUUGUUAGUGCAGAAGAGAACAAGCAGACGAAGUUUAUCAAGAAGAAAAAGAAAUCACUGUUACAAGAACAAUUUAAUGAGGAGGAAAAUUUAUAUGAAGUUAAUUUGGAGAGUUUUGAAAAAAACACUAAUGAUUUUCCAAAGAAAAAAACGAAAAGUAAAUCACAAACAGGUGUACCUCAUCAAGAAGGUGAUAGAAAGAUUAAAAAUACCUCGACUGAAGGGAGAAAUGUAAGUGAAUUACAGGAGGAAGAAGAGCUAAUUCAAGCCUAUCAGAUGCAUGUAGCUGAGGAUGAGGCAAAUGCAAUUAAAAAGAAAAUAAGAAUGAAACUUAAAGAACAGAUGUCUGAAUUUACCUCCACUGUUCAAAGCCAUGAAGUUGUAUUGGAUGAUGAAGUGGGCAAAAAGAAGAAAAAGAAAAAAGAAACGCCAGUUUUAUGUGAAGCUGAAACAAGUGCGAUGUCCCUCUCGGAGCUGCAGCAAUACCCYGCAGCAGAUGAUAAUGAAAAUCAGUCCCUGGAAAGACAGUUUACAUCAGAAGAGCAGAAACUGGAGGCAGGCUUGGAAAAACAAAAAACGAAAGCAAAGAAAGUUAAAAGGAAAGCUAUAAAAGAAGAAAACACAGAAGUUGCUGCAGAAAAUGUAGAGGAAACGAGCAGUUCAGAAAUUUCAAAUCAGUCUAAAUCUAGUUUCGAUGAUGAUCGUGUUUUGGGCGUUUAUAUCCAUCGAACUGAUCGACUUAAAACAGAUCUCCUCGUAUCUCAUCCUAUGGUUAAAAUUCAUAUUGUUGACCAGAGAACUGGCUUGUAUUGCAAGAAGAAUCAUAGUGAGAGGAAAGUUUCAUCUUACUACGAGCAAGAGGGAAUUGAGCACAUUCUUCCUAUUAUGACACAGCCAUAUGAUUUCAAACAGUUUAGAUCAACGCUUCCGGAGUGGGAGGAGCAAGUCAUAUUUAAUGAGUGUUUUAGUUACUUUAUUCAAAAUACUGAAGAAAGCCCUAGGGUAAUCCUGUUCUUUGAGAUUCUUGAUUUUCUAAGUAUGAAUGAAGUAAGAGCCAACUCUGAAGUACGAAUUCAGGAAUGUGGUUUCCGAAAAAUCUGUUGGGCGUUUCUAAAGUUGGUAGGUGCAAAUGGAGUUCUCAACGUUGAUGGAAAACUGCGUCUGCAGUUGUAUUACCCACCUCCGAGGCCUCCAAGGACCAGUUCACAUUCAAAUGUUGUUGAGGUUUAUGAGUGGUGGGCAAAAUGCCCUAGAAAUCGCUACCCAUCAACUUUAUAUGUAACCAUAAGARGCAUAAAACUGCCAAAGCAUGUUAAUCCUUCUUCCCGUUCUAUGAUGGCUGUUCAGCAGGAGCAGGGUAGUGCCACAUUCUGUGAGCUACAGAAUGAGGGAUCUAAAAAAAUAAGUGAACCUCUUCCCGAGGAGAAGAAAGAGCAAUUUAAGUGGACAAGAUUGCCUGGACAGGUUUGUCGCAUACCAAACAAGCACCUGUUUUCCCUGCGAGGAGGAGAUAUGGGCUGUUUCUGUAUUCGUUUUGCUCCUGAUGGGAGAACACUGGCAGCAGCAUGUGCAGGAAGGAACGGCUAUCCCAUCAUUUUGUAUGAAAUUCCUUCUGGACAAUACCUGAGAGAAUUUUAUGGUCAUCUUAACAUAGUGUAUGAUCUUUGUUGGUCAAAAGAUAAUCAAUACCUUCUUACUGCAUCUUCUGAUUGCACUGUCAGAAUGUGGAAAAUUGAAACCCAGGCUGCAUCUGCUGUAAGAGUUUUCCCUCAUCCUUCGUUUGUUUAUACUGCCAAGUACCACCCAACGGCAAACUCUUUGGUUGUGACAGGAUGUUACGACUCUGUGAUUAGAGUUUGGAAUGCAAAAGUGAAAGACAUCCAUGGGCAACUGCUACAGGAGCUGGAUGGACACAAAACCUUCAUCAACACACUCUGUUUUGAUGCAGAAGGGCUCCACAUGUUCUCAGGAGAUAGUUCGGGAUUGGUUGUAGUUUGGGAUACUUUCGUCAAAGGAAGUUCUCCACAUCUGUUCCAACACUGGAGCAUUAAUAAGGAAAUAAAAGAAAAUGACAUUAAAGGAACUCCAAUAAAUCAUUUGGAGGUACACCCAAAUGGAAGACGUUUAUUAAUCCAUGCCAAAGACAGUACUCUGAGAAUUAUGGAUCUCAGAAUCUUGGCUACAAAGAAAUAUAUAGGUGCCACAAAUUACAGAGARAAGAUUCACAGCACCUUGACGCCAUGUGGUUCAUUCCUUUUUUCGGGAAGUGAGGAUGGAAAGGCCUAUGUUUGGAAUCCAGAAACAGGUGAUCAGGUGGCCAUAUAUUCUGAACUAUCCUUCACAUCUCCACUUCGUGAUGUUGCCUUUCACCCACAUGAACACAUGGUGUCAUUUUGUGCCUUUGGUCAAAACCAGCCAAUACUUGUGUACAUUUAUGAUUAUAAAGUUGCACAGCUGGAAGCUGAAAUUGUAAAAGAUCUUAGUUCAACAGUUACAACAGCUGCACCAAGAGGGCCACAAAUUUUUAGCAGUUUUUCUGAAAUUCCUACACAACAGAGUUCAACAAUUUCUCCAGCAGAUCAGUUUGUCAACGUUGCAAGAGCAUCAAUGAGAAUGAGGAAGGUGAAACAAAAACUUGAUUCUGUUACAGCAAGCUCAAAUCUCUUGCUUCCUGCGCCAUCGUUGCUGUCUCCAGACUCCAAGUUAGGACUGUCAGGUGCCCUGAGCUCUCCACUGAAUCCKCUGCAGCCUUUCUCUACGAAAAGUGGGUGUUUCAGCCCAGUAGGAAAUCCUCUUAGCCUAACACUAUUGGGCAGACUACAGACGAGUAGUGACUGCCUGACUGCACUGGGGGUGAGAAGAGGAAGUAGUUCUCCUCUAGGGCAAGAGACAGUAGUGGCUCUUUAUGACUACACAGCGCAUCGAUCAGAUGAGCUAACCAUCCAUCGCAGUGACAUUAUCCAAGUGUUAUACAAAGAUAAUGAUAACUGGUGGUUUGGCAGCCUAGCAAAUGGACAGCAAGGCUAUUUUCCAGCUAAUUAUGUGGCUGGUGAAAAAGAAUAUGAAGACCAGCCUUCAGGAUCAGUACCAGAUACUGCUCCUCUCCUACCUCAGGAACAAACAGAAGCAGAGGAAGGCUCUCCACCACUGCGUAAGAUGUCACCAGUCAUCACUAGGUCAGAAGACCUGAAAUUUAUCUCAGAGUGUAACACAGAAACAGCCUCACCUGCAGCAACACAAGGUACAAAGAAAAAGAAGAAAAGGAUACAGAAGAAUGAGACAGAAGAUCAGAGCAACUUAAUGGGUCUUGAUACUCCUGUAUCAUCAAUAACAGCUAAUGGUGUUGAAAAUGAACCUACAGCCCAUGGGGUGGAAUUGAAGAAGAAGAAAAGAGCAGGGAGAGGCUCAAACUCCAGCACAAAUGGAAAGGCAAAUAUUGCCUUUGAACCUGAAUGCUAUGAUGUGUAGCCAUAAUUUAAUUCCAGACAUUGGUGUGACAUUCACAUU